GCGGUUGCGCUUUCAGACGCGAGACAAUGGUUUAGAAAUUAUGUGAUGGAUCUGUCCCUAAAUUUAAUUCAAUUUAUUGGAACAAGCGCGCGCUUGAAAGGAGCACACAUUUCCCUCCUAUCACAGGGCUUUACUGCACCUGACCCCACCCAUCUCAGAUACCGCAGCUUGCGCGCCGAGGAGCAGUCUGGGAGAAAUAUACAAGCAUCUGGAUUUGAUUUAAUUCAUACGCGCUGUUGUGCAGUACUGUAGCCUGCAAACAAUCAUAUACAUUGCUUAUAUAUUUGUUGUGUGUUUGCAAACGAGGGAUUUAAUUAAGUUAUAAAUGCGUAGUGCUGCUGAUGCUGAAUAUCUGAAAGCAUUUGACAAAAAGGAUCUCAUCUGCACGCGGAUGUUGACCAAAGAAGACAUUGGAGUGUUCCGGAGGCAACACAACACCGACGAGAACGAAGGAUGUCUAGACUAGUUAUAUUCUUUUGAAUGGACAUUUUUGGGAAUACCUGCAUGUUUGGAUAGCUCAUUGUCAGGUGACAUAGAUAUACAGGGGUUCUUCUUUAUCUGUUGUUUUAAUAAAAGUGAAGCAGCGAUGGAUGAAGGUGCAGAGUCCGAUGAUGCUGUCAUUAUUGUGGAGAACGAAGCAGAGAGCAUGCCAGUUCAGGAGAACACGAACGCCUGCAACGAGCGGACAGGCACCUUGAAUUUUCUGGACACUUGUCCCGUGUGUCAUUUAAACUUUCACAGUCGAGAACCAAAACUUCUGCCAUGUCUCCACUCUUUUUGUAAGAAGUGUUUGCCGUCGGCUUCCAGGAAUUUGGCCAUGCCAGACACUAACAGCUCGAUGAAACCACUGAAUGUGAUUCGCUGUCCGGUGUGCAGACAGGAGUGUAUGGAGGUGGACGUGAUGGAGAACUUCUUUGUGAGGGACUCAGUGGAGGCUUCCAGCAGCACCGUGGAGAGGACUGUUCAGCUAUGUAUGAGUUGUGAGGACAACACAGAGACUACAGGUUUCUGUGUGGACUGUGUGGAGUUCAUGUGUGCCACCUGCGUGGAGGCCCACCAGAGGGUCAAGUUCACCAAAGACCACACCAUCAGACAGAAGGGGGAUGUAUCUCAAGAGUAUGUGGGUGUUUCCACUCAUAGGCCAGUGUUCUGUGAAGUCCACAAGCAGGAGCCCCUGAAGCUGUUCUGUGAAACCUGUGAUCUACCAACCUGUCGUGACUGUCAGCUACUCAAGCACAAGGACCACAAUUACCAGUUUCUGGAGGAUGCCUAUAAGAAUCACAAACAUUACAUGGAGGAUAUGAAUCGUCAACUGCUGGAAAAAAAGAAGAUCAUUGAAGAUGUGUCCAACUCCAUAAACAAUGGACUCCUUCAGGUUGAUGAGAACCGCAUAUCAGUUCACAAUGAAAUCAAGAAGUCCAUCUGUAGUCUGAUACUAGAGAUCAACAGAAAGGGAAAGAUUCUUGUCAAUCAGCUUGAGGGCCUGACAAAGGAUCAUGAGAGCGGUCUAAAGAAGCAGAAGGAGGAUAUUGGCUAUCUGUCCAGACACCUGGAUCACGUGAUCAACUUCACAAAAUGGGCGACAGCUAGGAACGGCGGCACAGCUCUCCUGUACUGCAAGCGUUUGAUUCUGUUUCAGAUCGGAAACCUCCUGCGGGCUAAAUGCAAUACCUCGUUUGUACCGCAGAGCACUGUGCGUUUCCAGUGUCGGUCAGGCUUCUGGUCUUCAAAUGUCGAUCUGGGCUCAUUAGUGGUAGAGAAUGUCCCAGGCCCCCAGCUGGGCAGCUUCCAGGGCAUCCCUCAUCAACUCCCCCAUCCUGGGCAGGGCCCCUCAGGCUCCCCCAACAGCCUGCCCCCAGGCCUCUCCCAGCCCCGCCUGGCCCCCCACAACCACAACACCCUGGCUCAGCUCCAGAUGCAGGUGGAGAAACUAGCCCAACAGCCUCACUGGCAGCCCCAGACCCCACCCUGGGCCUGGUACCAGAGCAUGCGGCUCCAGAGACCCCCUCCAGGGCCCCUCCAGGGUGGCUCUCCCUCCCAGAGUCUCCCCCCCAUGCCCCAGCAGGGCCGGAGGUUCAUUGCCCCCCCUGCAAUCCAUCUCAGUCCCACCAGCACCCUGCCAAGUCCUGGAUAUCCUCCCCAGGCUGUCCAAUCACUGAGAGGCCUGGUGAGCAGCCCCAGCAGCUAUGCACUCAAACACAUGGACUUAUUCAACCCAAUGCCUCACUUCUCCCACAAUGCACCACUGUCUAGCAACGGCAGCCUCAGUUCUCCUCACUUGCGACAGCAACAGAUGGAGUCUGCAUAUCACAACAAGCACCCUGGAGGCCCUGUCCAGAUAAUAAGACCCAACUUCCCUCAGACCCUUCCAGCUUCCCUCCCAUAUAGAACUGCACAAGGACACCAUCAUGCAGGACUAACUGCUAUAUCCUGUGAAGAGAAACCAGGGACUGUUUCCUGGAAACCUCUGGAGACACAGCAGAAGGCGCAUGGAGCUGGGGGAUCAGCUGCCAAGAGGAGACGAAGGGCAUCGCCUGGACCCAUCAUCAUCAUCAAAGACGAGCCAGAGGACGACAUCAGCUGUGUACAGGGUAACCUGAGAGCCAACCUCCCAGACAGUAGCACGGGGGUCCAGGCCCAAACCUGUCGGCAAGAUGGAGGGGAACCACAAGUCCAGAUUUCUCGUCAGAGCACAGAGGAAGAGGCCCAGGCCCCACCACAGCCUCCAGGGCCUUCAGGGGACCUGAGUCAAGCCCCACAGCAGAGCCACUCUCUGGGGGUAGAGCAGCAGCUAGGCAGUCAGGGCCCAGCUCCAGAAGAGGACCCUAAUGAGGAUUGGUGUGCUGUGUGUCAGAAUGGAGGAGAGAUGCUGCUGUGUUGUGACAAGUGUCCCAAAGUGUUCCACCUCUCUUGCCACAUCCCCACCCUCUUCAGAUUACCCAGUGGGGAGUGGUUCUGCUCAUUCUGCCGUGACCUGUCAGUGCCUGAGGUGGUGUAUGACUGUGACAUCAGCAGAUUAGAGCCCAGAACAGUGAAGGAGGAACCAGACUCUGAGGGAGGAUUCUGCCCUGUGGACAAACGGAGGAAUGCCCAAUCCCAGGCUAGAUCCCCCUUGAUAUUGCCAGAGAACCAGGAGACCCAAAAGACGCCGAUGGUUCUGUCCAUUGUGAAGAGCAAGCUGGAAUCCAGGCAGAGCCCCUGCUACCAGACACCUUCUGAGUUUGUAUCAGACAUCCGACUCAUCUUCAGGAACUGUGCAGCAUUCAAUGAGGCUGACACUGAGGUUGCCACUGCAGGGAGAAACCUGGAGAGGUUCUUUGAGGAGCAGUUGAAGUUCCUCUACCCUGAACGGAUUUUUCCAAAGGUCAAGUCUGAGGUCAUCAGUUCUGUGACCCCUCCCGUCUCUCCUGCCCCUCCCACAAACCCUGAUGAGGAGAGCUCCCAGCAUGCAAAGCAUCAGCGCAGGUGCUCUGAGACCCAGGACUUGUCUACUCCUGCUCAGCUAAGCUCACCAAAGGGAGAGGAAGAGGCCGUAUAAGCGUGCACAUCGUCAUCUCAUCAACGUUAAUCAGUCAAUAACACUGCCAGUACUAGCCUAUACUAGUAAUUCAUCUGAUUCUCUUGAGAAAGUCUGAUUUUCUAAAUGUGCCAAAAUAAUGUUCUGUGAUCGAAUCAUUUUGGGGAAUAGGAACUGUUACAAGGUUAAUAAAGUGAAAACACGUCAAAUGUAUCAAACCAGCCUGAUAAAAGACUAUUUCAGUUGUUAUUGCAAGACUGUAUGAAGUGUUAGUUUCAUGAACAUGUCAGCUGUGCGAGGUCUAGUUGUUCAGGCCUACGGUAGCCUCUAGUUUACAGUGUGAUGGCUGGUAGCAUGACACGAGGCCUACUUUAUUCAUCGCAACAAUAGAACUUCAUCUUUGUUCCCUCGUUGUUUUUGUCAUUGAGCCAUUCAAUGUGUCAUGUAUUUAUAUUUUACAUUGUUGUAGUGUUUUUUUAUGCAGUGUAUGUAAGUAUUUACAAUGAUCAUUAACUUAAAGCAGGCAAGUAAAUCUUCAACAAAAUACAGUCCCAAAUAACCUCAUUUGCUAUGUUUUCUCAUGACUUCAUACCAUUCCUACUUAUGAAAACCAAAAUAUUGUAUUCAUAAAAAAUACUUCUUGCAUGCAAGUUUACUUGCAGCUGUUUACAGGGUAAAAUAAACAAUGUCCAUUAUCUU